CGAUGGAGGUUUGUGGUGGUUUGUGCUUGUUAAAUGGCAGUGGGUGGGCGAGGUGAGAGCGCAGACAGUAGGUACCUCUAGGGAGAGAGUGUGAGCAGAGCUGGGGGGUGCUCUCACACCCUAUUGUCAGGGUGCAGGAUUCAUGUGUUCACUCCCUCCCCAUGCUAAUUCAGCUGUAGCCACUGUCUGAAUUGGGACAAUGUAACAAGACUGUCAGGGAAAAGAGACAGACACAGAGAGACAUGCAUGCACAGGCACUAUGGGCGAGAGAGCCAUGCAUGCCAGGCAUGGAGUGUAGACUGCUGUGGAAUGAAAGUGAGUGCCACUCAUACUGAGAGCGCUCGAGACAGACUCAGGAUUAACACCAUCACAGGAUUCCUGCAGACAUGGAGCCCGGAGAGGGCUAAUUACCCCCAGCAGCAGUCACAAGCUACAAAAUGGUGGCUCGCGGAUCGGACACGCUGGAUUCAGGCACUGAAAGCUCCAACCGUCUUAUUUCAUCCACCGCACCCGGCGGCGUGAAGGGAAAACCCAGCAAACGAAUAACCAGAGGACCAUUUGUGAAACUGGCGGACUGCGCUCACUAUCAUUACGAAAACGUUAACUAUGGUCCCAUUCAGCUGUCUAUCUCUGACUCGCGUCCAGAGGAUUCUUCUGCUGCAGAGACGGAUGCUAUAUACAUUGUUCAAGUUACCUGUCAGGGUCGUUCCUGGUCUGUCUUGCGGAAUUAUGAAGAUUUUCGAGUGCUUGAUUCAAACCUUCAUCGCUGCAUCUUUGACAGGCGUUUCUCUCAGUUGCUGGAACUGCCGCCCCGCUCUGAGCUGCCCUCUCAGGGACAGGUCCUCGCCCCACUUCUUGCUCGGUAUUUGAAGGGUCUCUCGGGAAUUGUGGACAGUAAUAUCAACUGUGGCCCCAUACUAAGUUGGAUGGAGAUCGAUAAUCAUGGGAACCGCCUGUUGGUAAAUGAAGAGGCGUCUAUCAAUGUGCCGGCAAUCGCGGCUGCUCAUGUGAUAAAGAGAUACACUGCGCAGGCACCUGAUGAGCUUUCCUUUGAGGUUGGAGACAUUGUGUCGGUGAUUGAUAUGCCACCUCGGGAAGACACCAGCUGGUGGAGAGGAAAACACAGCUUCCAGGUGGGAUUUUUCCCUAGUGAAUGCGUGCAGCUGAUCACAGACAGCAAGAACCCCUCUCCCACAACAGGUAUACAGGAGGGUGAUGUAAAAUUGGCUGUCUCGUCUCCCCAUGGCUCCAACUCCCCCAGACCAGUCUGUAGGAGACAUGGAAAGCUGGCCGGGUUACUGCGCAGUUUCAUGGCGUCUCGGCCCAGUAAGCAACGUCUCAGACAGCGGGGGAUUCUUCGAGAGCGAGUAUUUGGGACAGACUUAGGAGAGCACCUGCUGAAUUCUGGAGAAGAUGUUCCCAAAGUCCUUAGCUCCUGCUCACAGUUCCUGGAGAAGUUUGGGAUAGUGGAUGGAAUUUAUCGUCUGUCGGGAGUGUCGUCCAACAUACAGAAACUCCGACACGAAUUUGACAGCGAGCGAAUCCCGGAUCUCUCGAGAGACACUUACCUGCAGGACGUGCACUGCGUCAGCUCCCUCUGCAAGCUCUACUUCCGUGAAUUGCCUAACCCACUGCUGACUUAUCGCUUAUACCAUCCAUUUACAGAAGCCAUGUCUGCGGCCACCGAAGAGGAGAAGUUAAUCCAUGUGCACGAUCUUAUCCAGCAGCUGCCUCCGCCGCACUACAGGACACUUGAGUACUUGUUGAGGCAUCUGUCACAGCUUAGCGCACACAGUGAGCGUACUGGAAUGCACGCACGCAAUCUCGCCAUCAUCUGGGCUCCUAACCUGCUGCGGUCUCGGGACAUGGAGUCUGUGGGAACGCCUGGAGCAGAUGCGUUUCGUGAAGUGCGCGUACAAUCUGUGCUCGUGGAGUUUCUCCUGUGUAAUGUGGAGACGCUCUUUAGCGAUACCUUCACCUCUAUCGGUCGCUGUGGGCCAAUCCGCCCUCGCUCGCUGAUGGGUGGCUGCCCAUCUGGCCGUCUUGUCAGCCUUCAGGAGGCUCAGGCACGGAGCCAGAGUCAAAGGGAAGCAGCUGAGAAACUGGGUGCAGAGAGGACAUCUCCAAGCAAACAGGAGCGGAUAUUGGAGAACAUUGAGGACAGGAAGCUGUCUCGUGGACGGAAGAAGUCGAGUGGAGGCAGCAGCUGGAGGACCUUCUUUGCUAUUGGAAAAAACUCGUCUCAACACAAAAAGUCUCGACCCGGUGGUAUCCGGGACUCUGUAGCAUGCCAAAGAAUCUCUGAAACAGUCACUCUGCGGUCUGCUAAAAGCGAGGAGUCUCUGUGCUCUCACACUAGUGGAACUGGAUUUCAGCGACCCUCUCGCCUCCGACGCCCACGCUCUACAAGUGAUGGUCUCCCAUCUCGAAUGCCUCAUUGUCACUCAGUUGAGAGUUUGGGACCCACUUCACCCUCUCCGCCAUGUGUGCCAUCUCCCCAAGGCUCUGCACGUCCACAGUCUGCAUGGAUUGAAGAAGAUCUUGAUCUCUCGCCACCACUUCCUGACACAGAUGGUCUCGGAUUCGAUCCUCUCUCCUUCCGUCUCUCCUUCUCGGACCAUGAAGAGGUUCGCUCUCCUGGAACAAUUAAAGCCCAAGUGACGAAUCAGACUCCGUCUCGUUCCCUGCCCCGCAGACUGAGCCUGUCGCCCAUGGGAGGGUGCACUCCAUCUCCUACCCACAGCCCUCCAGAGCGUCUUGUGGCGGACAUGGAGUGCCCAGUCCCCCGUAGCCUUUCUCCUCCCCCACAAGUGCUAUCCUUGCUUUUGCAGUCCUGCCAGCUGAAUGAGACAGCCGUUCGAGACGUCAAAGGGAAGAUAAGUGGAGUCUCUGGUAAACAGGAUUCUCCUACAAGUCGGACAGUGUCUCCCAAGCAAUCUACCCAUCCUCCUUCCCUAUCCCUCCUCCGCCAGGUCCCUCCGCCUCCGCCUCCAAAAGACCCAGCGCGGCUCAUGGCCUUGAAGCUGGCAGAGAGUGCUCAACGGGCCCUGCAGUCUUCCAUAUCAACUGGCACCGUCCCAGCUAAACCAUCCCUGAGAUCUGGGCCCACUCACCCCGCGAUGUCUGUGUUUCGCCGCUCUCUGUCUAUGGAGUGUAGUGAGAUUACGCUAGCCAAGGAAGGACCUCUCUAUUCAGAACUGCGCCCUCCCACGCUGAUUCCCACCCAGCAUCGGCCCCUGAGGAAUCCUGCACACAGUACGCUGGCUGCUGGAAACUCCCCAGCUGACCUCCGGAAGAUUACCCCAACUGUCGCCCCUCCAUCUCGAGUCCCCCGUCUUCACACCAGGUCAGGCAGCCUUCCUGUGCCUCCAAGCUUCUGUGCACCAAGGCCUCGACCACCAAAUUAUCGCUUCGUUGAGGAAGGGCCCAGACUGCCUCCCCAGCGCUCGGCACCACCAUGGCCAGAUCCUGAAGGUCUUUAUUAUGAGAUUCUGGGGGAUCCUCCUCACCUUGCACCCAUCAAUGCAUCCUAUGGACUUAUCCAGACACCCUGGUCAUGUGUUCAGUCUCCUCCAUCUCACCCCCAUCCUGCACCUCCACCGGGCCUUGGUGGCUGGUAUGGAACAGCCCUUCCUUCUGACCCAGAACUUUUCUGCUACCAGAGGUGGGAUAGGGCACCCCCUGCACAACUGCGUCCCUACUUUGUGGGAGGAGGGGUCAGAUAUCAAUAUGUGGGGACUCCUGAAAGCAGAGGACAAGUGGGUUUUCCAGAAAAAAACUCCCGUCUUCUCCCAACAGGUAGAAGGGAAGAACCAAUAUAUAUGAACCUUCCUCCCAAGAGUGAAAUGGGAGGAAACUAUCCCGGACCCAGGGACUCUACAGAUUUGAAACCUGACCUGCCACAUAAACAGCGCCCUGGCCAGCCUCCACCACCUGGACGACAAGAAGGUUUUGGAGGGCCACCACCCAUUCACACGCAGCAGCAACAUUCACACCCACUCCGUCGGGAAGGUUCAUUAAACUUUUUUCGCCCGCCUCUUCCUCCUCCUUCAGCCAUGUGGGGAACUCAGCCUAAAUUCCCUGAAGCCAGAGAGACCCCUUUAAUUACAUAUGAGACUCCCCCAGGAGGAGGCCAAAGAAUGGCCUACAUGCCCCCUCACUGCCUGCUCUCAGAGGGGGGCACUGUGUAUGGGAACCUGGAGCAGAGUGGGACUCAGCACAGAUCCCCCACACCAGCAGGACCGCCUGGAAUUCUGGGGCCCGCCUGGACAGUGCACUCAGAGGGCCAAACAAGGAGUUAUUGCUGAAGGAGGUUCUGAUAGAAAUAAUCAAGUUCCAAACCAACUCCAGCAAUGUGCAGCUCUGGCCGUGGUGUUAUGUCAGUGUGCUUGUUAGACGCCGCUUUCCUGCCAGUGCGUCAGGUUUUUAAAGCAAAGUUUAAUGAUUGAUAAAAGCUCUGGUGAUUGUGCUGGGCAUUAAGAUGAAUUCACUUUUUUAAACGUUUUCUGUCACUUUAACCCCUUUGUUGACAGCCAGCCUCCUACAGAUUGCAGUUAUUUGCAGUCUCUCCAGAUAUUGUAAAUGUUUUUAAAAUUAGCUAAUUACAGUUUUGAUAACUAGCAUUGUGGGUACAGAUUGACUGAAACACAUAACUGAUUCCACGUCUCUUAUUGUUUUUAAUUUUUACAAGCCUGAUAUUCUAUCUCCUGCUUAGCAUUGGCUAUUUGGUUAUGUCGUCGUCAUUGCAGAGCGCUGUAAUGCCAUCGUGGGACCGUCGCUCAUAGAUAUCGCAGAUUGGGUGUAAGCAGAUCUUUCUCUCAGCACAGAAUCAGAUUACUUCUACACUGCAGCCUUUUCCAAUCCUUCGUCACAGCAAAUCUUUUAGCUUUCAUUACUCAUUGUUUUAAUUAAUUAGAAGGCAUUUUAUAGAGGAAUUAUGUUUGUGGGUUCUCAUUUCCAAAGACAUACAGUGCUAUUCACACGAGAAUUCAAAGUGAAUUUCAAUUGUAAGGCCCAGGUAGCCGAACUGGAGGCAUAGCUGACUUGUAGAAGGCUUUCAAUUUGGCUUUUUUUACCUUAAAUGUGAAAUUCACUUUGAAUUCACACGUUCGUGCAUGACCCAGAUAGAGGCUUAUUCAGUGACUGUAAAUUAUGGAUAGUUCACAGAAUUGCAGAUAUUAAACAAUAAAUGGCUGAGUCGGAGUAGAUUCACAGUUUAGACAUUUUUACAUUUUAAAAUUUUAGUUCUGUUGUCAGCACUUCACAAUCUUUAGUUACUAAACCCCUUAAAGGACCACUAUAGUGCCAGAAAAACAAACUCCCUCAGGGUCCCACUCCUGCCGUGCUGAAGGGGGACUCACCUUUCUCCAGCGCCGGGGACUCUCCUCCUCCUUUGGUUG